AUGGCGUCAUUUCACUCUUCCAGCUCGUCUAUCCACCCCGGCGCUGGACCAGAGGACCAGAAGACCCUACCCCAGGUUGACACUCUGAUCUCGUAUCUGUUGGGAGCGAAACGAUCGCUCGCAUCUAUCAAUCAUGUCUGGCGAGCCAAUGAAAUAGUCACGGCUUCGCAUUCGGCCCUGGAGGAGAGUGUUACGGUGUGUUCCCGGACGGGCUUCCUACGCCGAGGACUCAAUAGUCAACUGCGACUGCUAUACGAUGUACGAACCGAGGUUGAGCAGAUCUCAUUCCGAGGUCGAGAUGAAUUCUCCGUAGCCUUGCGCAAUCUCGACGCUGCGGAUGCUCGGCUCAAAAAGACACUAGAUCUAUUGCGAGGGACCAUUGUUCACGUAUCGUUCAGACCCGGUGACGAGGGCGAGAAAAGCUUACACGACUUUGUUGAUGAGCGGGGAGUUGAAGAAUUACAUGCCUCACUGAAAGCCUCAAUCGACCACACUAACACAGCGCGAGCUGAGCUUGACAUCUCGAAUCGUGAAUUCGAUGACGAGCUUGCAGCAACGAGACAGUCUCUUCGUCACUUCCACACCGCCACCAAAUUGGCGUCAUCCCGUCUCUCAAUCACAUCUUCCUCAUCAUCCACGUCUGACUCUGGCCUCCUCACUUUGUCAUCAAUGCCGGGGCAGAUCCAAUCAUUGGAAGCCCACGCUCGGGAGAUGGCAGUGCUCCUUGAAGCAUUGGUUCGGCAUUUUGAUCUCUGUGUAACUGCUGUGAAGCACACGGAUGGUGGCGGCGCAGUCGCACGGUCCAUCACUGGUGAUAUGCCCACGGGUGUGGACGGCAGCAAUGACGGGAUGCCCAACAUUGGGGCAGAAAUCAACGCCCAUCUCAACGCCCCCCUCGAUCCAAUGACAGACGCCGAAUACCAAGAAAUGGUGACUGUGCUGAUCAAGGAUGCUCCGGAGGCAGAGGAUGUGGUAAUUGAGAUUCAAGACCGGAUAAACGAGAUGGAGUCUAUUUUUGAACACGUGCAAACCCAUCGCGACGUGCUGCUGUCCAUUUCCAAGGCAACCAUCGAAGUUCAUGGACAUCUCUCGGCUCUGGCCUCAAACGGCCUACCUCGUUAUAUUUCCCAAGCACACAACUUCACCCGUGUCUGGCACGAGGAAAAUGAUCGCAUUAACUCCGGUCUUGCAGAACUUUCUGACUUACAUUCAUUAUACGAUGGCUUUCUCAAUGCCUAUGAUAGCCUCAUGCUUGAGGUAGCACGCCGACGUCAUGUUCGGCAACGUGUGGAAAAGGUACUCCGAGAAACCAGGCAUAAGUUGGACUCACUUCAUGAUGAAGAUGCCGCUGCUCGUGAUGCUUUCCGUGUGGAGCAGGGGGAUUACCUUCCCUCUGACAUAUGGCCUGGGGUGGGCCUUGCGCCAAUGCAGGUUCAAUUUCUAAGGCUCGCGGGUGGACACCUAGAUGGUGCCCCUAAUGCUGAAGAUGUGCCGCAGGAUGGUGACCAUCAUCAUCCUGAAAGUGCCAAGGUCGAUGACCCCACUUGUCACAACCAGGGCGAACACAUUCCUGAUUUGCCCCGAGACCUAAUCGAACAAGCUUACGCUAGAGUCAAAGCGCGAAGCAAAACCGCUUCCCAAGCACAUGCCCCUUGA